UUUCAUUUUCUUUCUCCCUACUUCAGGUUCUUGUUUCUCAAAAAGCGACCGACCGACCGACCAAGCAAAGAUUUGUAGAUACAAAAAUUGGUUAGUUCUUCUUGACAAUUUUCCGACUCUUCGUCUUCAGCCGAAUCGAACCUGAACCUGGUGGUUAGAUAUAAUUCACAUUUAUUUUAUUCCGGGCUUACCAAAUGGUGAAGUGGUGACUAAUCAUUUACAAGACAAUUUGUUAUAAAGUGCAUGCAUUUCCUCUCUGAUCUCGCUGUGUGUAAACAAACAUUGAUUCGAUUUUGAAUUUUGUUCUCCAAAUUCCCCCGCAUAGUGCAUAGAACUUAUCUGAAAAUAACUAUACAUCAUAAAUCAUUUGUACUUUUUCUUAAAAUCGAUAUUUUCAGAAAAUAUAAGAAACAAAAAUUAUCGUGUUUUUGCUUUUGACUAAGUACGAAUUCAAGAGAGUUUUUAAACAAAAAUAUAACCUUCACUGAAAUUGAUUGGUGCUUAAUAAUAUUAAUAAACAACAAAUUCAAUAUCUAAGUCAACUUGAAGAAAUAGAUCUCUUACCAUACUUUGGUGCUACAUAUAAAUAUUAAAUCAACAUUAUGGUGGAAUUCAGAUUUGAUAUAAAACCCUUAUUCCCUCAGCCAAUUGUGAAAAUUACUUCAAACCUGUUGCCACACACUUUUCGAGGUGACCGACGCAUGGCGUUGGAUACAACCUCAAAGAUGUCAGAGAUAAUUGAUACACUUGGUGAACUGUCGGCAACCUCACAAAAAUUAUCCAAAGCGGUCACUACUUCUCAGAGGCUUAGAAUGUCUGAUAACCAAAAAAUAUAUUUACUCGCCGAUGUUGGUGCAGGUCACAAUGGUGCGGUUAUUGGACUUCUAAAGGUUGGUACAAAAUCGCUUUAUUUAUUUGACGAAUCCGGUGAAACGAAGAAAGUCGAUGAUGCCCCAUGUAUACUUGAUUUUUACAUCCAUGAAUCGCGUCAAAGAGCCGGUUUGGGCAAGGAUUUAUUUGAAGCUAUGCUAGCUGAAGAAAAUUGGGCUCCAAUUAAACUUUCAAUCGAUCGACCAUCGGAGAAGCUUUUGGGUUUCUUAAAGAAACACUAUGGACUAGAAAAAACUAUUCCACAGUCGAAUAAUUUUGUUCUUUAUGAAGGAUUUUUUGGUUCUCCAACCACCGAGAAUAAUAAUCAGCAACAUGCAAACGGAUUACAUAUUACCGACAGUCCUAACACUGCAUUAUUUGGACCACAUUUCAUUGGUGAUGAUAACAAGAAGAGGAUAAGGCAACUAGAUGCAUCAUCGCCCAGCGCACAAGUAACACAAAUAUCACCAGUUGGACGUUAUGCGGCACCUCGUCCAUCUUGCAGCAUGGCUGAGAUAAUUCAUAGCAGUAAAAAACCAAGCACAGGGGAAGCUGGCAGCACAAUACGCGAAGCUGAAGACACUCUAAGAGAGAAUAAUAUAAUAAAUUCAGUUUGUGAAGAUUUUCAAAACUUACAAACUGCUCAAUCGGAAUCCGAGAGUGUUGUUGUAAUUCAAGAGAAAAGUCCAGGAUUAGCAACUGAACACUUGAAAUUGGAACUUAAAGAAGAACACAUUAAUGAUAUUUCUGUAUCCAACGAUGAAGAGCGAGUUGAACCGGAUGGGGUAGCUGAGAAUUUGUCUCAACCCCAAAAGCCUAGUUCAUUUCAGUUGAGCAAGCAACACACUGGCCUCAAAAAUAUUUCAUUCAAUGUUGGUAUGGCAGUAACACCCACAAAAAAAAUGGAAUUCGAUCAGGAACAAACCGAUGAGUUCGGUAUCGUCAAAAUCAAUCGUCCUCCUGGUAAAUUGGUCUCUCCACCGCCACCAGACAACACUGAUGCCAUGUCAACAGUUUCAUCAGGAGAAGGCUUUACCGAUCAGGGCUAUUAUGACUUGAAAUUUUACCACAACAAGCUUUGGUAAAUGCUGUCACCGUUCGUCGUCGUUGUAAUCGCCAUGGUCGAGCCGGCGCGGCGCUCCGUGCCAGCCGUUCAAAACAAUUUAGUCAUUAACUGUUAUAAGAAAUGCAUUUAGCCCUAAAGUAAUGUACUGGCAACUUAUUAAAAUUCAAUACAUAUGUAUGUAUAGCUAUGUACAUACACAGUAUUAUGUAUGUAUGUAUUUAGAUAAAUUUUAUUAAUUAAUUUGUUUGUUUAUAAUUUAAUUGUUUUAUUUGCAAUUUGUUACAGACUGCACAAACGCACUCAUUUAGUUAUUUGAGUUAUAGUUAUAAAUACUAAUUUCUAAAGUACCUACACUUGUUAUU